AUGGACUCCACUAACGCCACACAUGUAGAGCAAAUAACUGCCAAGCACUCUCUCGACAGUCUUGCUUUUAUUCACGUCCUGCACGGGUAUCGGGUGUGCUACCCCAUCCUCUGGGACGUCAGUCGUGACUCCUUCACAGACGAAGAAAAAGUCCAAGGCCUUCAGAAAGCCCUCGACGAGCUUAAGGGAUUUGACUGCGAACUGGAGUCUUCCAACGGCUGGUCGGUUGAUCAGAAGCUUUGGGGAAUCGGCCUGGCCAUCGUCGUUAUCGAGGACAUUCUGUCCUCUCCUGACUUUCCCGACGCCUUCCGUUUCGCCGAGGAAGAUGCUGAGAGCUGGGUUGAACAAGCCCGUUUCUUGAAGCCCGGCAUGAAGGUGGCGUCUUACUUGUCCGUCAUGCAGGAUCCCCUGCUUCAACGCGAAGCACUGGGGAGCUAUUUUGACUUCUUCCAGUUCAACCUGCCUAGAAUUCCUGAGUAUCUGCGGGAGUCAACCCGUACUUCCGAAUGA